CGCGUAGCCCGUCGGCCGUCGGGUCGAUACCUUUCCUUUCUUUCGUCGUGAACUCUGAACCCCAACGCGUCUAUCUAUCUAGGGUUUUCUAAGAUUCCAAAGUGUGAUAAUUUUAUGUAAUUUUCCCAAAAUUGAAUUGAUUCUAGCAGAAAUUUCACAAUCCAAAACACGACCUACUAAGAAUCUUAGCCUGUAGCGACAGAGAUCAAAACCCUAGCAGCCGGGAGACCUCCGGGCUCUAGCCGCCUGCGAAGCAUCACCGAUCACCUGCGCCCCUCCAACAGCCGGAAAAACCAUCUCCGGGCGCUUGGCAGAAUCGGCUCCUUCGCGAACCCAGUAGAGGACAUUAGCUAUGGAUUUGGCAACUGAAAACAGAAUUGCUGCGAUUCUCUUAAAAGAAGCUGCAGAAUUACGGCGGCAAGCUGAGAAAGAUGGUGCACUUGCUUAUCUUCAUAGACCUACAGUUAGGGGGCGACCAAAUUCAAGAUUUCUAACGGCAACUGUUCUCGGCGUACAACAAGCUAAUCGAGCUGUUGAAGUAAAUGAGAUGUGGCGGCUUAGACAGAAAGAGCUGGAGGUUGAUAAUAGGAACAAACGAAGAUUGGAAAAUGAGUGUAGGAACAAACAAAUAUUGGACAAUGAGAAUAAGAACAAACGUAGAUCAGAAAAUGAGAAUAGCAGCACAAGGAGUCAUAAGGAUGUUAUGGAAUCUAGGAUUAAGGCUAAGAGACACAGUGAUGUUGGUUCUACUUCAAGUGCUUCAUGCCCAUCAAAGAAGAGAGACAUUGAAGAUUACUAUUCAAGGGAGGAUGGCUUGAGGGAUGCUGAAGUUGAAGAAUUUUUGCAUUCAAGGGCUAAGAGAGGAAGGGGCACAGUCGGGUCACGAAUGGAUGAAACUGGUCCUUACCCUUGUUUAGAUCCUGAAGAAAAGCAGUUGUCAGGUCCUGAUAUGGGGCCGAGAGUAGAAUUCAAAGAUCAUGCCAUCAUCGGGCCAGAGAAGCCCCGUUGGUUGAAUUCCUCGGAGUCUUCAGAAGAUGAAAUAGUUUCAGGUGAUGAUAAGAUAAAAGUAUCAAAAAAAUAUCAUAGUAGGAAAGACAAAUCUAAGAGCAAAUCAAGAGAGAAGGAUAAAAAGAGGAGGGAUUCGAAAAGACACAAGUCCCACAAGUAGGAUAAUCUGAAGAAGUUUAUUAUGUACUCUUCAGCUGAUGAUCAUUCAUUUCCGUGUACUUUCCAGCACUGGAUGAAGAAUUUCCAAUUGCCUUGUACUAUUGUGAGUUAGUAUUGGGGUCUGUUGUCUACAUACGGUGAUUUAGUGUUUCCCACCCCUCUUCCCCUUGCAACUCUCUCUAUUAUUUGUGUAUAGAUCACAGUUCUUUUGGAAGAGGAAGUUCUCUUUUAUUUGCAGGAGAGAUGCCAUGUUAAAAAGAUGUUGAAUCAGUAAUUGCAGGAGCAACAACUUCUAUUUGAUUUUUCAGUGUCCUAUUGUGGAUGUCACUUUGUAUCCUAGUGAAUGGAGAAGAUCAAAAUCUGCUAUUAUUAGUCUUAGAGACUUAAAAAAGUCCAGGUAGUUUUAUCUCUGACCCCCUCUUUUGAUGAACAUGAAAGUGCAAGAAACUUUGUUAAUGAGAAGGCCUUUUAACUUAAUGGCUAAUGUACAUGUUUUCAUCAA